AUGGGUGCUCGCGUCCUCUCGGGCAGUCAUGAAACUCUUGGCAGUGCUCGGUGCACUCGCGAUACAGUGCGUCGCUACAAAACCAUGGAGCAGCGAUAGUUAUCCAGAGGAGUCGUUCUCCAUGUUUGGUUGGUUCAGCUACCUGAAACGCCUCUCUCUGAUAGCGCUGAUGCUGUUCGGAGUAAUCCUCUACUAUGUCCCGGAAUCGCGUCCACACGCGCGCAGAAUUUGUUACACGCUGAUCGAUUUUACGGCGAACAGUUUGAAAUUCGCGCUGAGCGCCCGCGAAAGCGAAUACCUGUACGAGAAAAUUAAAUCAAGAUACCAUCGCACAAGAUACGAACAGUCGCUGAUAGCGCAGAAACAUCGCUCGCGAGAGGACCAGGAAACCGUCGAGGACUUCGAACUACCACACUCGACUCACGGCAGGAAGUCGAAAGCGUUCAUCAACGGUGACGGAUUAUCUGGGGGACGGGAAAGAAGGAAACUGACCGAGAAGCCAAGCAAAGAUCAACGACAAUCUCGUCAUCGACUUCGAAGUAGUAUCGUUAAAAACGUUUCGCCGGAGGCUAGCUCGGAAGAUAACAAAUCGGUGUACUUUUAUUCCGACAAACUGGAAGAUCUUAAAAAAUACGUUAAAACGAAUUUGCGCGACGCGAAACGGCCAAAUGCAACGUCUGUUGAGGAUUACGCGCUUUUGAUUAGCGGUAGUCCACGGCAAAUGGCAAUGCUCGAUGGAAAAUACGACAAGGACGACGUUGUCAUUGUUGAGGAUCCUUAUGUUACAGUGGAGUACAAAGAAUGUGGUACUUCUAUCGAUAGACUGUCGUCAAGAAUGGAUGUUUCAGGCUCGGAACAGGAAGGACCUACCAGAGAUCAUAACGACCACGGAAUGGAAACAUACGUUAAAGAUGUUGAUUUGAGCUCCGCGGCAGAUGGCAAUACAAGAUAUUCUGACUAUACAGCUUUGUAUCAAAUGAGUCAGAUUGAAUGUGGCGGUGAGUGUUGCAGCGGUAACGGGUGUUCGAUGUCUUCUGCAGUGUUAAACACCGUCAAAGAAGAUCUCAAUCCGCCCAUUAAUAUUAAAAACGUACUAAAAUCGUGUAAAAGUAUGGUAACUCCCAAAACGCACAGCAAAAUAGACGAAAGCAGUGAAAGUUUAUACGCCAUCAAUUACAACGAUUACAGCCGCAAAAAUCGACUAAAAUCCAAUAAUUUCAGCAACGAACGCAAGGUUAAUUUUCUAAACACGAUCAAGGAAACACCACGGAAACGCCAUCACGAAAAUACGUCCAGAAACAUCCACAGGAAAACGUCAAGAAAUAACGAUCGGCCAACAGGGUACUGUAACGACAUUUAUUACUAUACGGAUCGAGGAGGGGAAGCCGACGAUGAAAAUUCUCUGCGCGAAAGACGAGUGACCGGAAAGUACAAUCUUCACGAGAGGUCUCAGAGAGAAAACUACGUAUUCGAUACGAACUCGGACGACUCGAUUUUCGAGUACAAAUACGAGGAUUUUUCUACGAAACCUAUCCUGCAGAAUGAAUUCAAACCUGUCCUAUUGCGAGCGGUAAAUUGGAUCUUUGGUGGUUGCCCGGCGGCACGAAGAGGCGCGUUGAAACACAGUAAGGUCGGAAAGGAAGAGAUCCAAGGCAAUACCGACGAGUGGCUCCGCUAG